GCAAUUUAUAUUCGUCGAUGGUCGCACCGGCUGCUUGAAAGAUUCGCACAUUGUCGCCAAUGUCGGUUCAUAUCAGUAGUUCUUAGAACUAUUUCACAAAAGUAAGGAAACAAACCCUCUAAAGAAUAAGCCAUGAAGUCCAGGUACACAACAAUCGACUUGCGGGCCGCAAUAUCGGAGUUGGGAGUGAGACUAAUGGGUCUGCGAGUUAUCAACAUAUACGACAUCAACAACAAGACAUACCUCAUCAAAUUACAGGGCACUGACAAGAAAGAAAUGCUUCUGAUCGAGUCCGGCAUCCGCAUCAACAGCACGGACUUUGACUGGCCCAAGUCCAACAUGCCGUCCAACUUCAGUAUGAAGCUUCGCAAGCACUUGAAGAGCCGACGGCUGAACCAGCUGCAUCAGCUGGGCAUGGACCGCGUCGUGGACAUGCAGUUUGGUUCGGAUGAGGCUGCGUAUCAUCUCAUUGUUGAGCUAUAUGACAGGGGCAACAUCUUCUUGACAGACUCGGAGUACACCAUCUUGAAUCUUCUCAGGACGCGGACAGACAGCGAAGAUGUCCGGUUUGCUGUCAGGGAAACCUACCCAGUAGAAGCUGCCAAGAAGCCAGAGCCACUCCCAGAACCAAACAGGCUUCAGGAAAUGUUGGCAACAGCCAAGCCCGGGGACCCUAUUCGGAAAAUCCUCAAUCCUCACUUUGUGUUUGGACCUGCCGUGAUCGAGCAUUGCUUGUUGAGACAGGGCUUCCCAUCCAGUGUCAAACUUGAGAAAGAGUUUAGCUCAAAAACAGAUAUCCCGAGGCUGUUAUUGGCCCUGACAGAGGCGCAAGAAUUAAUGGAACAGUCAGGCCACUCACAGAAUAAGGGUUACGUGAUACAGAAGAGAGAGAAAAAGCCAACGGCUGUUGAGGGUUGCGAUGACACAGAGCUCCUGACGUACACGGAGUAUCAUCCCUUCUUGUAUGAGCAGCACAAGUCCAGCCCGCACAUCGAACUGGACUCCUUCAACAAGGCCGUGGAUGAAUUUUACUCCAAACUGGAAAGUCAGAAGACAGACAUGAAGGUUCUCCAACAGGAAAAAGAUGCACUGAAAAAGCUGGAAAAUGUGAAGAAAGACCACGAGAAACGUCUUGAUCAGCUGAUGAAAGCACAGGAGAUAGACAUGAGGAAAGGUGAACUCAUUGAGAUGAACCUUCCACUGGUGGACCAGGCCAUUAAAGUUGUGCGGAGUGCGAUAGCCAAUCAGAUCGACUGGACGGAGAUUAAUAACAUCAUCCAUGAAGCGCAGGCUCAGCAGGAUCCCGUCGCAUCGGCCAUUAAAAACCUCAAGUUGGAUACCAACCACAUUACUAUGGUGCUAAGGAAUCCUUAUGAAGACCAGCAAGAGGAGGAAGGAGAGAACUCACAAGAAUCCAGCAGGAAACAGAAGAAGAAAGACAAGGCCAAUUAUGUGGAUAUUGACUUGGGCUUGUCGGCAUAUGCCAACGCCAGAAGGUUUUAUGAACAGAAGAAAUUUUCAAAGAAGAAGGAACAACGGACAGUAGAUGCAUCUGAGAAGGCUAUCAAGUCAGCUGAACGUAAAACAAAACAGGCCCUGAAAGACGUUGCAACGGUUGCAAGCAUCAACAAGACAAGGAAGACAUACUGGUUUGAAAAGUUUUAUUGGUUUGUAAGCUCCGAGAACUACCUUAUCAUUGCUGGAAGAGACCAACAGCAAAACGAAAUCGUCGUCAAGAAGUAUCUAUCACAAGGUGACAUAUAUGUGCAUGCCGAUCUUCACGGAGCUAGUAGCGUGAUCAUCAAGAAUCCAACCGGUGGACUGGUACCCCCCAUUACUCUGCAAGAAGCUGGUGUGAUGGCCAUAUGCUACAGUGUGGCGUGGGAUGCUAAGGUGGUUACCAGUGCAUGGUGGGUGCAUCACGAUCAGGUUUCUAAAACGGCACCUACCGGAGAGUACCUGACAACUGGUAGUUUCAUGAUAAGAGGUAAAAAGAAUUAUCUGCCGCCAGCACAGCUCAUGAUGGGCUUUGGCUUCUUGUUCAAGGUAGAUGACUCUUGCGUCUGGAGGCAUAAAGAGGAGAGACGAGUACGAGGCAUCGAGGAAGAUGGGAUGUCCCUGGCCGACAGCUCCACGGUGGAUGGUUCAGUGGAUGAAGAGAUUCAACUGGAAGGUGACAGUGAUGACAGCAGUGAAAAGGACGGCAGUGAGGGGAAGGAGAAGACAUCAGAACAGGACAACCAAGCUGGCCCGGCCGUGGAGGACCUCGAGGAGCAAGAGGAAGUCGAGGAUGAAGAUGGAUCGGAGCCAGAAGAUGAUCAGGCAGAGAUAGAUGAGACUCGAUCCUCCAGCGAUGAGGAUGUUGCCUAUCCAGACACUGCCAUCCAACUUCAUCAUGUACAGGGCGCUAAAUUGGAGCCUGAGAGGUCGCGGGGGUCAAGUGUUCUUAGCACUGGAAGCUACCAUUCAAAUGAAGGGGAAACUGAAAUGAAAAUUUACCUUGGUGACGACCAGCCGAUACUAAUUGCUGCUAACAAACAGAGCGACAAACAGAUGCCAAAACAGUACCUCUCAGCCAAGCAGAAAAGGCAACUGAAGAAACAGAAAAGGAGACCAAACGCAGACACAAACGACGACGAAGAAGAAAUUGACAGAAAAGAAGAACCAGAAAAUGAAGAAGUCAUUUCAGAGGAUGCCGUGAGAACGUCUGGCCUAGAUACAAAAGAGGAAUAUGAGGAGAAGGAAGAGACAGAAGAGCAAGAAGAGGAUAAGGAGAAAGAGGCUAUGGGAGCACAACCUCAACAGAUAAAGCGUGGUCAGAAGAACAAACUGAAGAAAAUCAAACAGAAGUACAAGGAUCAAGAUGAGGAGGAGAGACGUCUGAAGAUGGAGAUCCUUGCUUCUGCCGGGGCACCCAAGGAGCUGAGAGGAAAGAAGGCUAAGCAGGCUCGCAAGCAACAACUCCUGGAAGAGAAGCACCAACAGAUGAAACAGAAGCAGCAACAGAAGAGGAAAAACCAGGCCGGCAAGGCUCAUGGAAGGGAGGACAUGGGGGAAACAGAGGGCCAACUGGAGGAGAAAAUGAAAGGGCUGGAUGUGACUAGCGAACAAGGUGAAGACAGAGUGCUGCCGGUGGGCUUCAAGCAUGCUUGGAAAUCCAAGAAGGAAACGGUAGAAGAGGGUACAGGAGAGGUUUCAGAUGAAGACAAGGAGACGUCACUCCAAGAUGAGCAGUCACAACUCAUGAAGGAAAGCUCCAACAUUGUGGACUCGUUAACUGCCUGCCCUCAUGCUGAGGAUAUGUUAUUAUUUGGUCUUCCAGUUUGUGCACCAUACUCUGUUAUGCACAACUACAAAUUUAAGGUGAAGUUGACUCCAGGAACAGGAAAAAGAGGCAAAGCUGCCAAGACUGCUCUGAGCAUGUUCCAGUUCUCCAAGGAGACAACCAAUCGAGAGAAGGAUCUCUUCAAGAGUGUCAAGGAUACUGAUCUGUCAAGGAACUUACCGGGCAAAGUGAAGGUGUCUGCACCCAACCUACAGAAAACCAAGACAAAAGCCAAGAAGAAAUGAUGCAGUACACAAGAGGACUUAAAGUAGUGCCAUAUCUGGGGGGAGGGGGGGAGGGGGUCAGUGUCCGAUCAAUGAUCGAUGGUCAGCCGCUAAAAUAACCAAUAGCCGCGCUCCAUGCACUCACAUGUACUGUACGAAGUGCGAACUAUGGGCGUACUUGGGGGGGGGGGGGGCAGCAAGGCAGAACACACAACCACAAAAAAAGGAGAAACCUAAAGGAACAAGAAAAUGAAUAAAGACAAAAGCGAAUCAUAUUACUGUUAAUUUAAAGAGGUUGUGGAAUGCUCGAAGACAUUUCCGUCAUUUUUCGGGUAUAUGUAGCCUAAGGUGUGAUGAAAU